CUUCUGCUUCCCCCGUUGGCGUUUGUGCAGCCGUCAGCUUUCCCUCCUUCCUCCUUCCCUCCCUUCGUCGUUCCGCUGCGGGUCGUGUUGCCGGCAGGGCAGGUCGGGCCCCCCUCGGCUCGGGCUGUCGGUGGCUGUGUUCCCCUCUCACAGUGCAGAGCUCCCUGAAGAUGUCUGGCUCAUAUUGCUUCAAACUGUCUGGACAUUUGCUGUUUAACUCCUGAAGCUUUUCUGCCAUCUAUUUUUCUCCUGAAGCCUUAAUCUAUUAAGGGAUCAUAAUUGGCUGCUAUGGAGUCCAGAUCAGCUACAACAUGAGAAGAUGUACUCAAGAUGAUCGAACCAGAAGAUUUUUUCACCUCAUAGAAUCUUAUUUUUGUUUAUAAUGUAAUAUAAUUUGACAGAGCCAGGUUCAAUUAUUUAUCUUGAAAUUAAGACACGCCUGUGACCUUCAUCAGAAAUGUUUCUAGCAUUUUCAAGGAAAAAUAUGUCCCAGAAACUGAGCAUGUUUUUACUAGUUUUUGGCAUCAUCUGGGGUUUGAUGUUGCUACGCUACACUUUUCAGUAUCCAAGACGCCAAAGCAGUGCUGAGUUGCGUGGACAGAUAUUAGAUCUAAGCAAAAGAUAUGUCAAAGCACUGGCAGAAGAAAAUAAAAACUUAAUGAAUGGUGGUGGUGGAGCCUCUAUGGCUGGAUAUGCUGAUCUUAAAAGAACAAUUGCUGUUCUUCUAGAGGACAUCUUACAACGCCUUGUGAAAUUGGAAAACAAAGUUGAUUACAUCGUUGUGAAUGGCUCAGCAACGAAUACCACUAAUGGAACUAGCAAUCAGAUGCCAGUAACUUCAAAUAGACGUGCAAAACCAGCGAGCAACAUUAGAUAGCACACAGGGGCACUUUGUGUUGCUACAUCUAUGAUGGGUAAUCUUUAAGAUAAGCAUUUUAUCUCUGGCUAGGGCAAUGCAGUAGUUGACUCUAAAAGAAGCAUAAACUAUUCUAUUAUACAAUGUGCUGGCUCUAUAUAGGUCUAACUUACGUGCAUAGGUUUUCAAAGCAUAAUGUCAUUGCCUUUGAGCCAUACUUCCGAAGUGAUUGUUGUCUUUAAAGAUAUUUUGAUAUCACGGUUUGACGUAGUAUGCCAUUGGAUAAUAACAAUAAAUGGAAAGCAACGGGGAACUUAAAGGUAGGUUUCUAAGUAUAUUUAUUUAAGUAUAAAUAGAACAUAUCUUUUGGAUAGGUGAGCAGUAUUGUAGCUUAUUCAUGUUUUGUGAUCUGCAUUAAGCUGAGGUAACAGGAAAACACAUUGCUAAACAGAUGGCAGAAAAUGUAUAUACUUACAGUAUUUUGUUAUUCAUUUACUAAACAAUAUUGAGGAUAGCAUUGGCAGUAAUAUUUAAAAAUUGUGACCCAAAGAAUGUCUUUAUUUGCACUGUUUGUCAGAAUAGCUAGAGAGAAUUUACUGUAUAUUUAAGAAAAUUAAUUAUAAUGGGAAAGCACCCUAGGUAGUAACACUGUCUAGGUGUAUCUUUAUGCCAGAGUUAGUGCGGUUAGAAUAUCAAAAGCAAAUCAUAAUAUGUGAUACCUUAGAUGAUAAUUUCUUACAAAGAUAUUUAAGUGUAUGUAUUUUGUAAUUGCAGAUAAAACUAUUUAAGUGAUGGAAAUAAGUUUUGGAUAUGUGAAUACUGUUUAUUUUUAUUCACUGCUGUUUCUCUUGAACCUUUUAGUACCUUGCAAUUCAUGAUGAGUACAGCACACCAUCUCCCUAAAUUGCUUUUUUCGUUGGGAGUAAAAGCAAUGAAAGGAAGCAAGGCAUCUCUAUACUUAGUA